CUGCGAUGCCGCGAUUUCUACAUGUUACCUGUGAAUCCUGAAACGAAACUCUACCACAUGAAAGCUAUGAGAAACUAUGUCUUUGUCUUGUCGCUGAUCGGAAUCGGUCUCCGCUUUCAGAGCGGCUGAUCUCGCCAGAGAACAAAGGAUGAUUUCAUGCUGGGGUGCAAAACGAAAGUCGAAAAGUUUCUGUGCUCUCCUAUCACUAAUACUUCCUGCCACUCAAUUGGCAACGAUCUGGUAUUGACUUGUCCACGAUCACUCAGGUACAUAGAGCCAUGGCAACAGGAAGCCAGCCGCAAACGCCAACGUCACCAUGGCAUAUCACGAGGCUUUCGAUCGAUUCUUCGUCAUCGGAAUUAUCACCAGUGUCGCCAUUGAGACAACGGACACUUGCCGGCAAUUUUGAUCGGAGCGGCUCAAACAUCAGGGCUCAAGACAGGAGGCCGAGCUGCAACAUCAGUAUUGAUCGCAUCCGGGCAGGAAGUAUUUUCAGUACCCCCGAGUCCCCGGCUGAUGCCGAAUAUCUGAACAACCAGAGCGAGGUCUCCAGGCGGUCGAGUCUCACAUCCAUACAUGUAGAAUCUCCUGACACCACAGUGGAAACCUCCUCCACAGAUCAUACUCAGAAGCUUUCCGGCGCUAGACAAUUCCUCGCUCGCACACGAAUACCUUUUAUUGUCGGGAUCGUAUCGUACUUGGCGCUCUGGGUUCUAGAUAGCACCGUGGCUACCGGAAUCUCAGGACUUCUAUACCACGCAUGCUCAAUCUCCACCAUCCCCAUCAUGACAGUCUACCUGCCCAUCGAUCUGUGUGGCAUACCUCGGAUAGGCGACUCCACCUUCAAUAAAGUCCUAGAUACCCAAACCAAGUACGAAAAGAUAUUCAAAUAUGUCAACAAGCGUACAAGCGUUUUUGACAAACUGACCGAGACAGCAAAAAGAGCCGAUAUGGAGAUGCUGCUCGACGAGAGGAAUGGCGGACAGAACGAACUCUUCGGUCACAGCGCCGACUUCAGCAAUGCCCUUUUGGAUCUGGGUUCCUUCUUCAAGCAGGUCAGAGAAAGCGCGGAGCGUUUCGUAAUUGCCGACAAGGUCACCAAGGCGUCCCUGAAGGCAAUGACCCUCGGUAAUUCGAGAUGGAGCGUUCUCCAAAGCGAGCGGCGUCAGCUGUGGAAAGCCGUCAACAUCCACGACACGCUCGUGGAGAGCUCCUUGGCCCAAGUCGGGCGCGUCAUCCAGAGCAGCGAUACUGCGGCGAGGAGGUUCGAGGUGGUGGAGAGCUUCAUACAUGGUGUGGACCGCAGCUCGUCAUCGACUGGAGCGUCUCCGAGCCCGAUCAGAGAGAUCUCAGAUCACAUCAAAGAAGUCCACGCCCUGCUGGGCCUGGUAAGAGACGGGGCGGAGAAGAUACGGGACGACUUGCGACGCCUGCAGAGGACCGGAUUUAUGUCCACCCGGUCUCCAUCAUCACUCGACGGGAAACAGACAAGCCUCGAGAGCAGUGCUGCGCGCUGGGUCGUACAGUUGGAAGCUAGGAUUUUCUCCUUUGAGAACAUCUUGCAGGGCACUGGUAUCGCUACGGCGGUAGCGUCGUCGAAGACCUUCGGAACUAUCGAUCCGCUCCUCAUCAUGACGUCGACGUUGUCACCGGAUGCUCCGUUUGCUGUUGCGGGAAGAUGAAAUCCCCUUGUCAAAUUGCAUGGUGUAGCUCGAUAGUAGCAGGUUAUAUUUAUAUUGAUUGGAGUAUUUGGUUAGAAAUUCAAUUAUCGGCUUGCUCGUUUCUACUUUCGUAUUGUUGAAGAAUAACUCCGGAUGCUAGUCAGAACAUGCAAACCUAUAAGUUUGAAUUUAUGAGCUGGUUAUUGAAAUCGACUCACCGUAGUAGGGAUCGGCUACAACGAUUCAUUAACAGUGGGAAAAUACGUCACCAUGAGAGUCGGAUGGGGAGUGCAGUAACUGAUAUUUCAUAAUGUGUGAUGACUUGUUCAAUGAAUCCUUCUCGGUAUUUUAGGUCACCUCGUCGAUUUUUG